AUGGCUCAGUACAUGGAGAUGCCAAAGGUCUACUACCUCAGCAUCAGCCAUUCAGCGCCCCCGAGCCCCAUAGAGGUCAGCCCAGGUGGUCGCAUUCGACGGAUGGCCCUCCUCGUCCUUGCUCUGCCGCCGAGGACGGGAAGCCCCCUGGGCCCUGCUGCUCUCCCUGUUGUGCCAGUCGUUGCGAGGUGGGAAAUAGGCGCCAGCCGAGUCGAAACUGGCAGCGGUGAAUAA